UCCAAGGCCUGUUCCCUCCCCUGAUUUGGGGAAGGGGCUAGUCACGUAGCUCUGCGGCAUCUCAGCCUCCUUUUAUAGGAGCCUGGGCUGUUGCUGGUCACAGCGGAGCUGCUCCUCUGACCCGUUCCUGUUGCUGCCACUGCUGUGUUGCACACAGGGAGCUGCCACCAUGCCCCACUUGUACCCAGCCCUUUCUGCUGAGCAGAAAAAAGAGUUGUCUGAUAUUGCCCUCCGGAUUGUGGCCCCCGGCAAAGGCAUUCUGGCUGCAGAUGAAUCUGUAGGCAGUAUGGCCAAGCGACUGAGCCAAAUUGGGGUGGAAAACACGGAGGAGAAUCGCCGGUUGUACCGCCAAGUCCUCUUCAGUGCAGACGACCGUGUGAAGAAGUGCAUUGGCGGAGUCAUCUUCUUCCAUGAGACACUCUACCAAAAAGAUGACAAUGGGGUCCCCUUCAUUCGUACCAUCCAGGAAAAGGGCAUUGUUGUGGGCAUCAAGGUUGACAAGGGUGUAGUGCCUCUAGCAGGAACCAAUGGAGAAACCACCACUCAAGGGCUAGAUGGACUCUUGGAGCGCUGUGCCCAGUACAAGAAGGAUGGCGCCGACUUCGCCAAGUGGCGCUGUGUGCUGAAAAUCAGUGAGCGCACACCCUCAGCACUUGCCAUUCUGGAAAAUGCCAAUGUGCUGGCCCGCUAUGCCAGCAUCUGCCAGCAGAAUGGCAUCGUGCCUAUUGUGGAGCCUGAAAUCCUGCCUGAUGGAGACCAUGACCUCAAACGUUGCCAGUAUGUUACAGAGAAGGUCUUGGCCGCUGUGUAUAAGGCCCUAAGUGACCAUCAUGUGUAUCUGGAAGGGACCCUGCUCAAGCCCAACAUGGUGACCCCUGGCCAUGCUUGUCCUAUUAAGUACAGCCCAGAGGAGAUUGCCUUGGCAACAGUCACUGCCCUACGUCGCACAGUGCCCCCUGCAGUCCCAGGAGUGACCUUCUUGUCUGGAGGUCAGAGUGAAGAGGAGGCAUCGCUCAACCUCAACGCCAUCAACCGCUGUCCACUUCCUCGACCCUGGGCGCUCACCUUCUCCUAUGGUCGUGCUCUGCAGGCCUCUGCACUCAAUGCCUGGCGAGGACAGCGGAACAAUGCCGGGGCUGCCACAGAGGAAUUCAUCAAGCGGGCUGAGGUGAAUGGGCUUGCAGCCCAGGGCAAGUAUGAGGGCAUCGGAGAAGACAGUGGAGCAGCAGCCCAGUCCCUUUACAUUGCCAACCACGCUUACUAAGUAACCAUACAGACCACUGCAGACCACAGCCAGUGGCCUUGUCACCUGAACCCAAUUUUGCCUUGUAGUUAUGGGCGAGGGUCAAAGUAACCAGUCAGAGCUGAAAUGCCUCCAUCCAGCGCGAUCAUCCUCUUUUUUCUCCUCCCUUCCUCUUUCCCAUUGCUGUACUUGGGACCACUGAUCAGAGCAUAGGGAGUUUCAUGAUUGAGGGUAGGAGAACUUUCUCAAAGUCAUAGAAGGAUACCUGGGUCCUCAUCAUGCUUCUACAAGCCUUUACAGUUUCUCAUGAUGGGAUAGCUUCUCCUAGGACCUUCCUUACCCAUCUUCCCUGGGAUCAUAGGAUCUGACACCAGACCUGACUCAUGCUGGAGUACAUAGCACAUAGCAAAUAAAUGUAGCAAAGCA